AUGAAUAUUGGUGGGUUAUCUUUAAGCUUUUACUGCCUACUUGUGUUUCUACAGGGGGCGAUAUGUGGUGUUAUGGCUUAUAGACACCGUAAUGCCAAUUAUAAAAGGAUAUCGUGGAGACUGAAACUUCUGAGAAAGAUCUAUGCACAGUUCGAUGAUACUGAGGACCUUUUAAAAGUUACCGACAGAAGACAUUCAGAAAAGUAUUCCGCUGACCCGGAUCAUAAAGCCAACAUUUACUACGAUACAAUAUCCGAUCAUCAUUUACCAAUAAUAGAAUGUGCUGAUAAGGAGAACGAGAUACCAUGCCCAACUCCGAUCGGAAAAAGUAAAUACUAUUGUAUACGCCGGAAAGCCCUGUGUGACAGGAAAAUCCACUGUCCUCAUGGAGAGGAUGAAAACCUGGUCGCUUGCAUGUUCUACAAAUCGAUAAAUAUGAAAAUCAACGAGGUCUAUGCUGCAAUGUCUUUGCUAAAUAGACUAGGGCGAAACAAUACGACGGAUAACAUGCGAUUGUGA